AUGGCACCCACCCAUGAGCUCCACCUCGAAGCAGGGAUCGACCCAGAACAGUGCUUUUGUUGUGCUCGUCUUGUUCUUGUGCUCCCUAGUAUUGUCUUCGCUCCGCCUUCGGUACAAGACGUUCUCGAAACGAAAACGGCCCACGAAAUCGCCAAAGCACCGUUUAGGUCGAACCCUGCCUCGAAGGCCGAGAACGCGUACAGCGUCCCGCCGCACAAGGCCAUCCACACGCCGAGCGCCACCAGUGCCGCUCGCCUGGGCAUGGAGGGCGCUUGGGCGGCGCCCUCACUAGCGGCGGACAUGGCUUGCCGGAGCUGGACGGAAAGAGGGGCAGCGUAG